AUGGUACAGGAGGGAAAAUUAAUUCUAGCUGUUGAUAUUGGUACCACAACAAUUCGAUGUGUUUUAUUUCAUGUUUUAGAAGAUUCGAAAUGCUAUGAAUUAGGAAGUCACGAGGAGAGGGUAAGUAACUGAUAAUUAAUUAUACAUGAAUGAAUUAAAAUAAAUUCCAUUUCUCAUUUUUUAGGUCCAAACAAUCUAUUCAACCAACGACGAAAAUAAUAUAUUGGUUGAAAUUGACCCUGACACGAUGUUCCAGCAGUUUUUAAAAGUCGUCAAAGAAACAUGUAAGUGUGAUUCUUAUCAACCAAAUCGAAAACGAUUCCGUUUUAUCAAAUCAAUUCAUCAAAUAAACUAGAGUCUAUUUGGGCUGUAGACUAAACUAUAUUUGUUGGGGUUUUUCUUAUCUUUUUUGAGGUUAGUCGCGUUUCUUUCGUUUUGACAACGUAUGGACUUUGUGAUCUUUCUAUUUAUUUUCAAAUAUGGAAACGAUGUUGCGAAUUUUGACUUUGUUAAUUUUGUUUAAUUGAAUCAAUUUUCAUUAGUUGAUUUUUUGAAUUCUUAGAAUCAUCACAAGAGUGUAGUUUUGAAGAAUGUUGCGAUCAACAAAUCACGUUUCUCAACUCUAAAUUGAAACGAAACCGGUUCUCGUAGAUACCAUGUUCUCAACGCUUAUUUAACAGAAUAUCCAAGAAAUGAUAUGAGACACGUCGGCCCAACUGCUGAAAUGGACUGAAGCCUUUUUAAUUUUGUAGUAAAGUACUAAUUGAACAACUCUGACUAGAAAUUACCAAAUUUCUAAUAUCCACAGAAUCGAAUACUUUGAUCUUGAAAAUUUUCAGUAGUUUCCUUGAAUUUUGAUUCACUCUUUUUCGAACUCAUCGCAACAGUUUUUUGUUGGAUUAGAAAUUACUGUUUUUAUUGAUGUAUUAUGAAAUCGCCUGUAAAGAAUUUGUUCUUGAUUAUUUGAAACAUCAAAUAUUUUCAUUAGAUCAAAUUAACAUCAUUGCUAUAUUUAGAACAACAAUCUUUUUUUUUAAAUUCUUUCUCUUUGAUCACUUUUAAACUCUAAUUGAUCAAUUUCUUCGGUGUGUUUUGUUUGUAACAUCAAGAAAUCAACUAGCAACCCAUCUCUUCAUUUCCGAUUCUGUAUAGUUUGAUCGUUUAGAAAACCGCAUCCAUCAAAUUGCAAGAGAAAAAUCUAUAGGCGAACGUACAAUAUGAUUGCGAUGUAGACUUGAUUUAAGUGAUGUUUGUCCAAAGAUAUGUACCCAAUACCAAUCAAGGUCAAAUCGCAAGACACAUCAUAAGAAAAAAAAGUUCAAGAAGUUUGAUCUGGAUUGAUUUGAGAAAAAAAAUCACUUAUUGGUCGCAUUAUAUUACACUUAUUAUCUUUAUUAUUGAAAAUAAAUCACCACUGCUUUUUUUGUGUUGCAAUAGUCUGGUGUGGCCUGUCUAGCCAACGUGUGGAAAAUUGACAUGCUUUUAUCAUUACAGACAAAUAAAUUGGUCGCCUGAUAAUAAAAUUACCAAUCUCAUAGUACAUAUAUUAUUGAAAGAAAAAUGAAAUGUAAUUUUUUUUUCAGAUAAGCUUGUGCCAGUUGGAGCACUUGUUAGUAUCGCGUUAUGCACCCAACGAAAUUCAAUUGUUCUUUGGAACAAGAAAACAAGAAAAGAGGUCAGCAAAAUCAUUUGUUGGAAUGAUGGCCGAGCAAAUAAAAUAUGCCAAGAAAUGAAUAGUUCGUGGAUUCUCAAGGUAAAUUAAUUGAUGUUUUCUGAAAAAUUAACAUUUUUCAAUCGGAAAUAGUUGAAAUACACAUCAUUUUUCUCAGUUUAUUCAUUUUGGUGGCGCAUUUUUGCACACUUUCACCAAAAAGAAUCGUUUUCUUGGUGCACAACGUUUAAAGUUUUUGGGCGGAAUGGUUGCACAUCGAUUAACCGUCACAAUGAACAAAGUAAGAAUUUUUCUCAACAUUUCUAAAUUCAUAAGUGUUAUGUUACAGUCGGAACAUAUCACUGGACUUUAUAGCGAUGAUAAUUUGUGUUUUGGAUGUCUUGAAACUUGGUUAUCAAUGAGAUGUUCUCAGAAAAAUUUGAUUGUCGCGGAAGCCAGCAACAUUUCGCCAAGUGGAAUGUAUGAUCCAUGGAUUGUGAGUAACUUUGUUUCAUAAAGAUGAAACCAACAAUCACUUCCAGAAUACUUAUAACACUCUCAUAAUGCGACUCAUUUGUUUUCCAACAAAAUUGUUAUCACCAAUUGUCAGCUCUAAUUUAUCCGAUAUUAAAAGAACACCAAUUCUAGAUUCAAAGUUUAUAGGAAUUGAAUUGCCAAUUUCCGCAAUUGUAAGUUUGAUAACGUAAUUUUAGUUCAUCUAAAUAAUUUGAUUUUCAGCUUGCUGAUCAACAAGCCGCAAUGUUUGGUUGUGGAAUGUGGAAGAAGGGCGAUGUCAAAAUCACGAUGGGAACCGGAACAUUUGUAAAUGUUCAUACUGGAAAAGAAGCACAUGCUUCAAUGGCUGGACUUUAUCCAGUUGUCGCAUGGCAGAUUGAUGGACAAACUGAUUAUUUGGCUGAAGGAUGCGCACACGAUACAGCGAUUAUUUUGCAUUGGGCACAAUCGAUUGGUCUUUAUGAAGAUGUUGCACAAACAUCUGACAUUGCUUUUUCUGUUGAAAACUCAAAUGGAACUGUUUUUAUCCCAGCUUUUUGUGGAAUUCAAACACCAAUCAACAAUGAAGGAACUUGUGCUGGAUUUUUGGGAUUGUUGCCAGAUACCAAGAAAGCUCAUAUGUAAGUUUUCUUGGGACUCAAAUGUGAGACUGUAUUUAAUUUUUACAGGGUUCGUGCCAUUUUGGAAUCAUUAGCAUUCCGAGUUUAUCAAAUCUACACGGCCGCCGAAGCUGAAGUUUAUAUCAACAAAAGCUCAACCGUCAGGUAAAUCUAUUUUUCAUCCAUAAAAAAUAGCAUUGAAUAUCUCUUUUUUUUUAGAAUUUGCGGUGGAGUUUCGAAAAACGAUUUCAUUUGUCAAACUAUUGCUGAUCUUUUAAAUCGAAAUGUUGAAAGAAUGCAUCAAUCAGAUCAUGUUGCUGCAAAAGGAAUCGCAAUGUUAGCCGGAUAUGCGCAAGGAUUAUGGACAAAUGAAAGUCGCGAAAAACUUGUUAUCGUUGAAGAUGUAUUCCAGCCAAAUUUGAAAAACCGAGAGAAACUAUUAAAAACUUUUGAAGUUUGGUCGAAGGCAGUCAAACGCUGUCUCUCAUAUUAUGAUUGA